AUGUCGGCCCCUGCGGGUGCAGCUCCUGGCCCAGUUCGAGGCUCUCGGGUGCCCAUGUGCACACGGUGCCGUAAUCACGGGAAACUGGUGCGACUGAAGGGUCACGGGGGUCGGUGUGAGUGGCGGAACUGCUCCUGCCCCAAGUGCUCCCUUAUUACCGAGAGACAUCGUAUCCUGGCGGCCCACAAACUGCUGGCCGGGCCCCGCAUUAAAGAUGAGGACAGGGAGACGGAUAUCGGGUACCCUCCUCCCCUCUCGCACUGUGUGCCCAACAAAGAGAACUGCAGAACUGAGACUACCAAGAUGUACCCAGUACCUGGGCCUAUGUGCCAUUACCACUCGUUUCCCAUGGCACUUCCCUGUGGUCCACCAGGAUUCAGAGGACCCCCUCCUCCCUCUGGCAUGCCCAUAAGAAGUAUCCCCCAAUGUCAUCCAGUGAAAGUAUAUGAAGGAGGAGGAAAUUUUAUGCAUCGUGUAUACCCCUCUGUACCUCAGUUUAUACCCCCCCGCUUCCUGCCUGGGAUACACUAUAUACCCCCUCCUGGGCCUCUGAGUGUGAUGGCUAAUGCAAGAAGGGAUUUGUCAGGUCAUAGCACAGAGGGCAACCAGUGUUUAAAGACAACUUUUGAAGAAAGCCAAGCAAAUGGUGUGGAGCAAAGUAACCAGUGA